AUGUCUAUGGACAUCGAUGCGCCAGUGGCGCUGCCUUCCAGACCUUUGAUCCCACAAGACAGCGCAACCAUUCUCUGCUGCAACUGUGGUGCACCCAUAGAUGGCACUUCUGCCGCUGGAGCACUCUGCUACGAUUGUGUCAAGCUCACCGUUGACAUCUCCGAAGGCAUACAAAGAGAGGCAACCCUACAUAUCUGCAGAGAUUGUGAGCGAUGGCUGCAACCACCUGCACAUUGGAUCACUGCUUCACCUGAAUCAAGGGAAUUGCUAGCAUUAUGUCUUCGGAAAUUGAGAGGCCUUUCGAAGGUCAGGAUCAUCGAUGCCAGCUUUAUCUGGACGGAGCCCCAUUCGAGGCGAAUCAAAGUGAAAAUCACUAUUCAGCAGGAAGCGUUUCAAGGGACCAUUCUCCAGCAAACCUUCGAGGUCGAAUACGUCGUUGCAUACCACCAGUGUCCAGAUUGUGCAAAGAGCUUUACAGCCAACACAUGGCGAGCCGUCGUACAAGUGCGCCAAAAGGUCCCUCACAAACGAACUUUCCUCUACCUCGAACAGCUCAUCCUGAAACAUUCCGCUCAUAAAGAAACAAUCAACAUCAAGGAAGUCAAGGACGGUCUAGACUUCUUCUACGCCCAAAGAAAUCAUGCCGAGAAAUUUGUUGACUUCUUGACAUCUGUUGCCCCUGUUAGAUCCAAGAAGUCUCAAGAGCUUAUCUCCGUGGAUAUCCAUACCUCUACGAAAUCCUACAAAUUUUCAUUUUCUGUCGAGCUCGUCCCGAUAUGUAAGGAUGAUCUGGUAGCUUUACCCAUCAAGCUCGCCAAACAAAUCGGAAACAUUGCUCCCCUAACCAUCUGCUACCGUGUUGGCACAUCUGUCAAUCUUCUAGAUCCAAACACUCUCCAGACAGCCGACGUCUCUACACCCAUCUAUUGGCGAUCUCCAUUUACCUCUUUGGCAGAUGUUCAAGAACUCGUCGAGUUUGUCGUGAUGGAUAUUGAACCUAUUGGUCCUCAGAAGGGCCGCUUUCUUCUUGCCGAAGCCACCGUAGCACGAUCAUCAGAUCUCGGCAGCAAUGACGUUACAUACUUCACCCGCACACAUCUUGGCGCAGUCCUCCACCCGGGCGACUCGGUCAUGGGCUACCACCUUAGCGGCACAAAUUUUAACAACCCCAAUUUCGAAGCGUUAGAGCAGAGCAAUGCCUACUCAUCCAGCAUACCUGAUGUCAUACUAGUCAAGAAAUCCUACGCCCGCAAGAAGAAGAACAAGUCACGCAACUGGCGACUAAAGCGCAUGAACAAAGAUGAGGGCGAGAUGUUACCGAAGAAGCAGGAUCAAGAUAGGAUUGAACGAGACUUCGAAAUGUUUCUGCGAGAUGUGGAGGAGGAUACCGACUUGCGGAGUACACUUGCACUGUACAAAGCUCAGCAGGAGAAGAAGGAGAAGGACCGCAUGGAGGGAUUGGAGACGGCGAGCGUUGUUGAGACGGAAGAAACAGAAGACGGGGAAGAAGUGCCGAAGAUCGAUAUGGAGGAGCUGCUUGACGAUUUCAACGAGCUGGACGUUCACGAUGAGGUUUGA